AUGAGUCCUGUGCACCACCUGGACGUCAACAAGGUCAACGAGCUGCACUCUUUCGUGUUACAAUGUGGCCCCCAGGAGUUGCAUGCUUCCUUUGUAAGCGUCAUGGAUGUCAUCUUUGGGUUCAGUGAACACCAAGAUGGUUGGAAUUUGCAUUCCUUGACCGAAUCGAAUGAUCCACACCUUUUUACUUGCAUCCGCAAAAUGUUAUCCCCUUCAGGAAGCUUUAUUGACUGUAUUACUAGCAAACUGUCGGUUGAAAACUCCUCUUUCAAAUUUGACUUUCCCGUCUACCUGCUCUCAGUAAGUUUCUAUUCAGUUUCCUGA